AUGGCUGAACGAGCCGAGCUGCUCCCCUCGCCUCCCACCUUCCUGCCCAGCCACACCUGCUACAGAUGUGUUGGUGGAGACUUAAUUUCGGAAUUGCAGGCGGCGUCUCCUGAGGACAAGGGGAAAGCCGGUGCUGCGCGCCCGCCCGGCCGCCCUCCCCGCCCGCCGACCGGAGACCCGGACUCCGCGGAAUCCAGGUCAGGACGCGCCGCCGUCUCGGGACCGCCGCCGGCGGGGAAGAGCCGGGCGCCGGGCUCCGGUCGUUGGCUUAAUGGGCAAAGCUCGCGGCUCGCCCAGAAACCAGCCCCUCCGCGCGUCCCCUCCGCGCGGCGAGGCCGACACGUCCCCCGCGGUGACGGCGUGCCAGGCGGAGAGUCGGCGCGCGCCCAGCCCCGGGAAAGCCCCGGCGACGCGGCCGCGAGCCGGGGUCCCUCCGAGCCGCCAGGGCGCGCCGGGCCGCCCGCCUUCCUGCCCCUCCCGGCAGGGAUCCCCCAGCUGCCGGCGGCCGGGACUCCGGGCCUCCCCGCGCUCAACCCCGAGCCCGCGCCCCGGCCCGGGCUCCUUUGGGGGUCCUCGGGAGGGUCUCCCCGCUCCUCCCUAGGCCCCCUGCCCCGGCCGCAGCCCGCGCCCCCCCCAACCCCGGAAGCCUGCGAGUCCACGAGCCCCGCGGGCGGCGGCGGCGGCCGACUGACAUGCCCCGGACGCGGCUGCGGCCGGCGGGCAGCCCGCGGGGGCGAUGAGCCGCUGCGGCCGCUGAGCAGCCGGGCGGCGGGGCGUCGCGCACCUUCCUCUUCCCCCUCACUUGGCCGCUCCGCUCGGGAGACCGGGAGGAAACGGUGA